GGAAGUGAAGAGCGUCACUGCUCCAGGACACUGGGGCCUCCCUCCACCUCAGCUGACCCCCCCACCUCCCUAUCCCUAGCCAGCUGCAUCCAGGGUGCAAGGGUAGAAACAGCUCCCUGCAGCCGCAACUGGAGAAGCCAAACAGCCCCAGUCCGAAGUAUCCUGCUCUAGCUCGUCCCCUCUGUGGCCAAUGAAACUGAUCCCACUUCUAGUGUGCUUGUCCACUUUGCUGGAUGGGGCCUUUUCUCAGAACUGUGCCAAGACCCAAUGUCACCCACAUGCGAAAUGUGAGAUUCGAAAUGGAAUUGAAGGCUGCUAUUGUCUCCCCGGGUUCACAGGAAAUGGCAUAACAAUAUGUAAAGAUGAUAAUGAGUGUGAAAACUCUACACAACCUUGUGGUGAAAAUGCCAACUGCACUAAUACAGAGGGGAGUUAUUUCUGCAUGUGUGCACCUGGCUUUACAUCCAGUAGCUCCCAAAGCAAGUUUGUAACUAAUGAUGGGACUACUUGUAUAGAUAUAGAUGAGUGUCGGGAAGCAACCCCAGGUGCCUGUGGGGAUCAUGCUAAAUGUGAAAACGUGCAUGGAGGGUAUCACUGUGCCUGCAAAGAAGGUUAUCAGCCAUCCACAGGAAAAUUGCAAUUUAAACCAAGUGAUGGCACUUACUGCCAAGAAAAUGUGAAGGCAAACUGUCAUUUAGAUGAUGUCUGCAUUGCUGCAAAUAUUAACAAAACUUUAACUGAAAUUAAGAACAUAAAGGAGCCCUUAAAUCUGCUGCAAGAAAUCUACGAAAAUUCUGGGCGAGCACUUUUCCCCAUCGAUGUGCUUACCAAUGUUGAAGCACUGUCUGCAUCUUCUCCAUCCUUGAGUUAUAUGAGUAGCAAUAUCUCUGAGAAGGAAGCAUUUACUAAUACAACUAUUAAUGUUUUUGUUAACGCCGUAAACAAUUUGGUUCAAAAGGAUAAAAUUACAAUUUGGGACAAGCUGUCUGCAGAUAAUAGAAGAACAAGUCUCACUAAACUGAUGCACACAACGGAGCAGACCAUGCUAAGCAUGUCCCAGAACUUCAAAAAAACAACCCAGUUAGAGAUUAAUUCAAGCGACUUGGGUCUCAAAUUAUUUGCUUUUGAUUCUCAUCAUAUGAAACAUAUUCAUCCUCAUGUGAACAUGGAAGGAAAUUAUAUAAAAAUCUACCCAAAGAGAAAAGAUGAAUAUGAUUCUAAUGGCACCAUUGCAGUUGUGUUUUUGCAUUAUAAGAGUAUUGGAGCUUUGCUUUCAUCAUCUCAGAGUGACUCCCAGGAAACAGAGAGUGACAAGAGUCCUGAACAGGAGGAAAUUGUGAUCUCCUCAAUUGUGUCUGUCUCAAUUAGUGCAAAGCCAUCUGCACUCUACCAGCUUGAGAAAAUCACAUUUACAUUAAGUCAUGUAAAGCCUAGAGAGAAAGGUAGCAGUGAGUGUGCCUUUUGGAACUAUUCAAGUGAUACAAUGAAUGGCAGCUGGUCUACAGAAGGCUGUGAACUGAUGCAUUCCAACUCGACUCAUACCUCAUGUAAAUGUAAUCAUCUGACACAUUUUGCUAUUCUGAUGUCUUCAGGUGCUUCUAUUGGUAUUAAAGAUUACGAUAUUCUUACAAGGAUCACUCAACUUGGAAUAAUCAUUUCAUUGGUUUGCCUCGCCAUGUGCAUUUUCACCUUCUGGUUUUUUAGUGAAAUUCAGAGCACAAGGACCACCAUUCACAAGAAUCUUUGCUGCAGCCUCUUUCUGGCAGAGCUGGUUUUCCUUGUUGGAAUUAACACAAAUAGUAAUAAGCUCUUCUGUUCAAUCAUUGCUGGAUUGCUACAUUAUUUCUUUCUAGCUGCCUUUGCAUGGAUGUGUAUUGAAGGCAUCCACCUCUAUCUCAUCGUUGUGGGCGUCAUCUACAACAAGGGAUUCUUACACAAGAAUUUUUAUAUCUUUGGCUACCUCAGUCCGGCUGUGGUGGUUGGAUUUUCAGCAGCCCUAGGAUAUAGAUACUAUGGGACAACAAAAGUAUGUUGGCUCAGCACAGAAAAUAACUUUAUUUGGAGCUUUAUAGGACCGGCAUGUCUCAUCAUUCUUGUUAAUCUGCUGGCUUUUGGGGUGAUCAUCUACAAAGUUUUUCGACACACUGCAAUGCUAAAACCAGAAGUUAGUUGUUAUGAAAAUAUAAGGUCAUGUGCACGGGGAGCCCUGGCCCUGCUCUUCCUUCUCGGAACUACCUGGAUCUUUGGGGUUCUCCAUGUUGUACAUGCAUCAGUGGUGACAGCAUACCUUUUCACAAUCAGCAAUGCUUUCCAAGGGAUGUUCAUCUUCAUAUUUCUUUGUGUUUUAUCUAGAAAAAUUCAGGAAGAAUACUAUAGGUUAUUCAAAAAUGUUCCUUGUUGUUCUGGCUGCUUACGGUAAAUAAAAGGACAUUCCAACUCAAUACAGGCAUAAAGAGAGAAACCAGACUUAAACGUUAAUUCAUGAAAUAUGGUAUUGUAAACACACCAAGUGAUGUAUUGGACAGUCAGACUUCAACUCAGGCACGUCAUCCACAUGAUAGAGACUGUCAUCAAAUAUGCAGCUAAUCUAUACAUUCCUACAAGCCAUUGUAAAUUGGUGUCAAAAAUAAUAGACCAGAUAAGUGGGGAAGGAUUGAAUUCUUAUUAGAGAUAGAGCCAUAUCUAUCAAAAAUCUUAUGUCUUACCUACAGAAUGAUCAAAUAACAUGAAAGAACCACUUUUUUUCUUGAACUCUGCCUUUAAAACAUGUCUCCCUCCCUCCUUUAGUAAUGAAUUUCUUUACCUAAAGUGGGUCACUAGAUUAGGAAUGAAGAGACAGAAGAACAAAACAUUAAAAGAAAAUGGAGACUCAAAACAUUGAGCUGUCCUUCUGGCAAAUUUGUCCAUGUAAAGUAGCUAAGAAAUGGUGAGGAUGAAAUAAGGACUAGAAGGAAUAAACCCCUUUCAAAAAUUUAAGGAAAUGCUCUGAAGUUAGAUUUCUGUGACCACAACUUACAGACCCCUCUUUGAGGGGUUUCCUUCUGUGAAUAAUACUCUGGGAGAGACUCAGGCACUUCUUAAGUUAAUUGUCAAAGGGCAAUUGUGCUCUGCUGAUUCUUCACUUCUAUGCCUUUAUAAAUUUAAUUAAGUAAAAAAAUCAAUGUUGGAGAAAUGUAUAACCUCAUGUAAUGGUCCUACUGCUUGCAUGUGUCAAAGACCCACUGCUAUACAUGUCAUUAAAUGUAAAGACUUUGUACAUAGAGCAGAUAUUUCUAUUUAACUUGGUUUUCCUGAAGUGAGUAUUAUCAGGGGAGGGGGAGAGGGGGGCCUGGUCUUUUUAGAUGCUUUGUUUUUUAUUGUCUGAAGUCUUAUAGAUCCCAUUACCAAAUGCCCCACAUGAUUCUAAUUUGUCAAAGGACUUUGUAAAUAUGAAACUGUGCAUAAAUUAACUUUUCUGUUUUAAAAAGUACCUUUUUUAAAAAAUAUAUUAUUUAUAACAAAGAAAUCA